AUGCAUCGUGCGUGCUUUUUCGAUCUCCUGCCUGUUGAAUUAUUACAUACUUUAUUCAGUUAUUUUCUGGCUCAUGAAAUUCUUUUUACUUUCUCUGAUAUAAAUGAUUAUGUUAAUAGUGUUUUACUCGCCUAUACUGCUUAUCGAGUUAAUUUCGAAUCCAUUGGAAGAAAUUAUUUUGAUCUUAUUUGUCGUCGUAUUCGACCAGAACAAAUUAUUCUAUUAAAACUAUCCGAUAAUAAAGAUACACCUGGUUUAUCUGAACUUUUCUUUUCUCGAUUUCAAAUUGCACAAUUCACACAACUCCGAUCAAUAACAUUGAUUGAGAUAGAACUUGAAUCAAUGCAAUCUAUCUUUUCCAAGUUACAUAAACUCAAUAAAUUACGUUCAUUGUCAUUUAAUGUUGAUUUAAUUAGAGAAAAAUAUCCAACACGAACCAGUCAAUAUCCAAAUAUAUCUAACAAAAUAAAUUUGCGUUUGCUUAAUGCUUAUUCACGUAUAUUACCUCGGCUCACUCAUUUAUAUUUACAUAGCGGUGAUGUUUUACAAUCAAUACCACUUCUACAUCUUUAUUAUUUAAAACUUGACAAAUGUACACUAGAUGAACUCGAAAUCAUUGUUAGAAAUGCACCGCAACUUCAAUCACUCAAUAUCUGUCUCGAAUUUGAUACAUUAAAGUCUGAUGUUUCUUUAAUAUCAUCGCAUCUUACACAACUCAAUUUGACAAUUAACAAGCUUACGUCAAUUAAUGAAACAUUUCGAUCAUUUCAAACACCAUUUUGGCUUGAAGAAAAACGUUGGUUUGUGGCUUACCAGAACAAGUGGUUAUAUUCCAUACAUCAUUCACAUAUCAAUGUAAUGAACGAUUUUUCACAGACAUCUACAUUUUCGACAGCACCAAAUGUCAUAGUAGAACGAAAUCCUGUUCAUAAAUUGAGUAAAACACAACAUUUAUAUAUAUCUUUAAAUCGCGAUAAACUAUGGUUCAAUCCAUCAGAUUAUAAAUUGGCUGAUAUUCGUGAGAUCGAAAUAACAUCUGAAACAACUGAUAUUCUUAGACAGAUCAAAGAUUAUCAGUUCAAACAAAUCCACAAACUUGAUAUUACAAUUUUCAAGGAACCUAAAAAUCCUUUAGAUAUGUUUGAACAAUUAUUAUAUUUAUUUCCAUGUAUCGAACAUCUUACAAUAUAUGCCCUCGCAGAUAUUACAAUAGAUCAUAUGCUUUUUAUUAUUGAGAAAUUUAAACAUUUACGAAAUGUAUCUUUUUGUGAUAGAUGUUCGUCAUCUACAGAAACAGUUAUUUAUGAUAAUCAAAAGUUAAUUAGUCAAAUUACAUGGCGACUCACAGAUGAUAAUUUUACUUGUCGAAUCUUUAAUUCACCUGCACAUAGUGAAUCAUAUGGUAUCCAUUGGUGGAUUGGGCCAGAGGUAAGUGUUUCUCAUGCAAUAACUUAUUAUUAA